CAUAGCUACGAGACAGCCUGUAUGUGUUUGGCCGUCUUGGACAGCUUUGGUGGCGAUACUUGUCUUAACGCAAUCGCUACCAGUUUAUAGUCCUCGGCUUACGCCUUGUGGAUCUCUCAGUUCCAAUUGUACAGAGGGGUUACAAGUUAAACGGAUUGGCGCUGUCCGAGUAUUCGCACAGCCUUUUAAGGUCUGGGCCUUUCCGUCACCACAAAAUGGUCCCUGGCAGCCAAUUGCUUCGGCCAUGCGCCCUUCACCGUUCAGCGGCACCCUUUCAGCGAGCAUCUCACAAUACCUCAGCUGUUGGGCAAGCUGGGCCAGGCCCAGGCUCGAGCUCCACUCCUUCGGUCCUGCCGUCUCCGGCACCUUGCUCAACACCAGCUACGACGUCACGCCAACACACAGCCACACUUGACCGGCGAGACAUGCUGCUACUUUCUAGCUCACUCGUAGUAUCUCACCUAGCACAAUUGACGGGGAGCCAUCCUGCACAUGCUGGACAAGGAAUAUCGCGAUACAUCCGGCGCAAGACCCUUGACCCGCUCGAGACAUAUGUACCCCUUGUGCUGGAGGCCCGCACACUCCUCUCCAGGGCCAAGGCGCUUGCUGCUAGGGACGUUGGCGCGGCACGGGAGCUGCUCCGCCAAGGGCCCUACAAUGGUCUUCGGGACAACAUCCGCGCAAUCGGUGAGUACGCAGCUCGAGACGGGCGCUCCAACGACGUAGGGCCCAUCGUGACGGGGUUCUUCAAGGCCUUGGAGGCGUACGACCAGCUCUUGUACGGCGCCCUGAGGGAAGGCACAUCCGUACAAGCUGAGGAUCUGGACGCCAGGAUCCAGGAUCUGUACGACGCAUUUGACCGGUUGCUAGCGACGGUGCCGCCAGAAAUUCUGCAGCGCGCAAACACAGUGCUUGAGAUAGCAGCGGCCAAGGCUAGCAGUGGCAGGUCUCCGUCGGUAGCUGUGGAUGCUGGAACAGCAUCGGAUGCUGGUGCUGCUGCGUCCUCGGCUGCUAUGGAUGCAGAGGCGGCUGACCUCGUUAAGCUGUUGAGAUGAGGUUGGUACGACAAUAAUAGAUCUUCAAGACGCUGAGAUCUCCAGAGAAGAUAAUAACCUAGUGAGCGGAUGAGAGUUAUGGGUGUUAUAUGACCUUGUUAGUUGUUAGUUGCAGGCAUGCAUUCGUCGAUGGCUCGGUUAGGGUCUCGUUUCUGUUGACAGUUGAGGGUUUCGCAGUCGUUGCGAAGUCGCAGCAAAUACGGCAGUCCUGGAGUGCCCGAUGACAUUAAGCGCGUGGGUAUCUAUUAGACCAGAGGCGCAAGGAAGGCUGCCAUAACUGGCGAUGAGAGGUCGUGUUACGGGUCUGAGAGCUGUAGGAGUGGAAAGAGGAGUUGAGGUGAGUCCUGUCGGAGAUGUGUGCGGCACAUAUGCACUCCUAGGCGCAGCUAUGCUAACCGCGGUGGCCGGUCAACGGUAGGGCGAGUAUUGGUGCCACCGGCAGUUGGAUGCAGGCACAUGAGCCGUAACUUAAGAGUGUAUCUAUGUUUAUGUAUGAUGAUGAAAUACUAGCAGGGGCGCAUGUGCGGGGAAUGGCCGUGUGGGUUCUGCCCAGGGCACCGCCCCUGCAGGGUAAACCCCCUUCUGCCGAAUUGCGGUAGGGCCCAGGUCCGUAGUGCGAGGUUUAGCGUAUUGGCGCCGAGCAUUUCGGUGAAUACCGGAUAAGAGCAAAGCAUUCGGGUUCGAUUCGGAUGUGAGGGAUGGUGAGGGUCGCAGGGAUAUAUCCCGCUUUGUGUGCUUACGAAGCACGUACGAAUGGUUAAGCUACGCAAAAAGGCCCUUGUGAGGGAGCAUCGAGUGUUUAUGGUAGUAGGAGGGCAAGGAACGAAGCAGGCGCGGUGGAGUAUGUAUGCGUUGCGGCUUGCUCGGAUGCGAUCUAGGUUAAGGUAUACGAUUGUGGGCUAGUUAAGUGAGCACUGUGCUGUUGGAGUGAGCGCGAGUUCUGACUUCUAGUAGAUUGCCAGAUUUCAGCUAGCUACCAGACGGACACCAUCGGGAAACCUUUGAAUAGACUUCGUAGUUCGGACGUUGUUGUCAGCAACACCUUCGUACGCCCUUCGCACAGCGUUACUGACUGGUCGCCAAGUGAUGUUGCAAGACCCAUCUAGUCUCAUGUAAAGCAAUGUGACCGAA